GCGCGGCGCCAUUCCCCCCGGCCCCCUUCUUGUUUGCCUUAAAAGGAAAACAAGAAAGAAACUGUACUCCGCAGUUCUCUUUGGGGUUUCCUGCCCCUUUCCUCUUCGCCUCUUCUCCGAUUCAGAAGCUGGACUCUGCUUCCCCCCUUCUCCCGGUGAGUUUCUCCCUCCCAGUCCUCUCGAUUUCAUUCUCACCCCACUCCACAUCAUUGCAUUCAUUCUCUACUUCUUCUUCUUCUUCAUCUUUUUUUUUUUUUUUUUUUUUUAUCGGGAGAUCAGAGGGUUGCUGUUUGUUAGUUUCCAGAGAGAGAGAGAAAAAAAUAUGAUGCACCGAGGGUUUGUAGCAUAUAGUUGUCCGUUUUCCCCGUUUCCAUCUUGUUCGAGUUCCAAUCACUUCCAAGAUAUUAUUAGCCCGCGGCUUGGCUCUUCCUGUUUCCGAUUUUCAGAUGAUAAUUGUUACCUGGUGUGCUGCAUUGUGAUUUAGGGGUGACUUUUGCCUGUAUGAUGUUUGUGGAAUAUCUCCACUGUGUUGAAACAUAGAUAUUUCAUGCUUUGCUUCUUUAAGCGUGUCAAGCAGUCUUUAAACCCUGUGUGGAGCUAGAUUAUGUAUGCUUAGAUGUCUAUUUUGUGAUGCCUUCUUUACAGAAGGCAAGCUGCAGCGCACGCGCUUUAUUUCUGUGUUUGUUUCAGCUCUCUUACUGACCAAAUUCACUGGAAAUGGAUGUUAAUUUGUUGCCUGCCUUUUUGCAAAAGGGUUUAAGGCAUUCUGAUGGUUGGAGCAGUAUGGUGACUGGCAGGACCUCUAGCAUGCCGUAACCGUGGGGUUUUAUUUGCAGUUUUAAGUGAUAAGGAAAAUGCAGAAACCAUGUUUAGUUUUUGCGGUUCUUUUCAUGAUUCAUCUUUGCCGCCUCAACGUGUAGGCAUCGCAAUUUUGGAAAUGGAGGCUCGGUAUCAUACUUCACCUCAACGUGUAGGCAUCAUAACAUAUUUUCUCCAGUUUCUGUCUUUUUCGAAAUUAUAAUGUUUUGUUCUUGAUUCAGUUAUCCGUUGGAAGUUUCUGGUUAGACUCCAUGAUCUUCAUUUUUAGUAUAAGUGAUGCCCAAUUAAGGUCAUUCCCGUGAUUAUGCUGCAACACGCUUGAAACUUACCCUUUCCAUCAGAGUUUGUUUGACCUAUUUUGUAUCUCUUUUCAACUUGCUCUUCACAUGGCCAGGAAUCUUGUCCUGCUCUGUGGACUAUAGAGGCAAGGCUCGUGCACGGUUUUGAAUGAGAGAAAGAUGUGAGAAAUUCACUUUGUGACUACAAUUCUUCGACUUCCUUAAUAAGCUCUUGAGCUUGGUUUACUUCAUCACUGAGAGUGGUUGUACCUCAAACGAAAGGAAAUGUUACUUUAUAUUUCUCUUAGACUACAUGGCUGAUGUUCUUUUUAUGUUGAAAAUGUAACCCAAGCUUUCCUACAUGAAUUUCUAUUCCGUCGCAAUGAGGCUGCCUGCUCUUUUUCCCAAGUGUUUGAUGGUGCUGCUUCUUAUUGGCAUAUGUCACUUGAGGGUUUUUGGUUGGUCUCGUGUCAUCUAUGAUACAUUCUUUUAUUCAUUCCCUCUGACUCUUGUAGGUCUAUCUUUUGUCUAACAGCCAAUGCAUGGUGAACUGCUGAGAUCCUUUCAUCCUGAUCUUCUACGAUGCAUAUGAACUAAGAACUAUGUUUGUUUCAAUGACUUCGGUUCUUUUGAUGCUUGUUCAGGUUAUAGGUAAAAUGCCAGAGAUUCAAUUGGGCACGCAUACUGUGAGGUCGCAUGGAGUCAAAGUUGCAAGGACACAUAUGCAUGAUUGGUUGAUAUUUCUGUUACUUGUCGUGAUAGAGAUUGUUCUGAAUGUAAUAGAACCAUUUCACCGUUUUGUUGGGAAGGAUAUGAUGACGGACCUUUCGUAUCCCUUGAAAUCGAACACUGUUCCCUUUUGGGCUGUUCCUAUAGUUGCAGUAUUGCUGCCUUUGGCCGUCAUUUCUGUUUACUACUUCAUCAGGAGGGAUGUCUAUGACCUGCACCAUGCCAUACUAGGCCUUCUUUACUCUGUUCUUAUCACUGGAGUUAUAACUGAUGCAAUUAAAGAUGCUGUUGGCCGGCCUCGUCCUGAUUUCUUUUGGCGUUGCUUCCCUGAUGGCAAAGGAAAAUUUGAUCCCAUCACAACGGAUGUUAUGUGUACUGGAGUGAAGAGUGUCAUCAAGGAAGGACACAAAAGUUUCCCCAGUGGACAUACUUCUUGGUCAUUUGCAGGUCUUGGGUUUCUAGCAUUGUAUUUAUCGGGGAAAGUGAGAGUAUUUGAUCAGAAAGGGCAUGUCGCAAAGCUCUGCAUUAUCUUCUUCCCAUUGCUUUUUGCAGCUCUGGUUGGAAUUUCUCGAGUCGAUGACUACUGGCACCACUGGCAAGAUGUAUUUGCUGGUGGUCUCAUAGGGCUGGUAGUUGCUUCAUUUUGCUACUUGCAGUUCUUUCCUCCUCCUUAUGAUAUUGACGGGUGGGGCCCGCACGCGUACUUCCAGAUGUUAGCAGAGUCUCGCAGUGGAGCUCAGUCCACCAGCAACACCAGUACUGCUCUCAUAGUGCGCCAGUCCGAGCUGGAGAAUGUUUUCAUCGAUCCACAGCACAGCAACGAAGGUGGUUUUGUUCGGGACAGCACCCCCCAUUUUUGAGGGGAUGGAUAGUGAAAGGAGGCAUUGACUUUUCCGGUCUUUUAACCACGCACUAUAUCAGAGAUCAAGCACUAGUUUGUUCAUUGAGCUUUUGCUAUUAUUAAGGAUGGUAAUUUUCAGACUUAUAAAAAAGAGGAAGGAAGGUUAUUUUAGCAACCCUGAUGUUUGGGUUGAGAAUUAACAAGUAAAUGCACAGGUUGGGUCGACAAUUACGCACAGGAAUGAUCUAGCGGGCCAAAUUGUAUCCUUUGGGCCGGCAAAUUUCUGAAGGUGCAGAAAUGGAGCAAGCCUGGUUGGGCCGAUGGAAACGGGGAUGCAGGCCACCAGUCCCAGUCUCCCAGAGAGUGGAAUCCAAGGACAACCCAAUUUCUUCAUUAUAAAUCAUAAGUCCCAUUGUUGGUUAAUUAAUAAUCAUAAUUAUGGAUAGUAAUAUCGUGCUAUGAUUGCGGACAAUGGUUUAUUCUAUUGGUACUAUAUAAACUUGGUGGUUGUAGGUUUGAAUCUCCGAAAUAGCACCUUAUAAUGAAACUAUAUUAUCUUUAUCUAUAAAAAAAGUAGAUACAAUAUAUUAGUCAUAACUAUUAAGCAGUCGGGAAUUAUAGUCACAACUAUCGAAAUACAAAUUAUUAUCGAACCGUUAAGUCUUCGUUAACACUUUUGUUAGUAAUGAUAACUAAACUUUUACGAUGUUGAGUUGGCUCCCACGUGGCAGUUAUCAUAAAGCAUUUUUUACGAUGCUGACAUGGCAUUCUCCGUUUUAAAAUUUUAAAAACAAUAACGGGUUGUUAGCCAAAUCUUGACCCGCAACAAUAAUAUGGCUAAUAAUUUGUAUUUCAAUAGUUGUGACUAUAAUUCCCAGUUGCUUAAUAAUUAUGGCUAAUAUACUGUAUUUACCCUAAAAAAAUCCAAUUAAGGGGGCGUUACGAUUAAUGAUGGCAGUGGGACAACUGAAGGGGAGAGGAAGAAGGAAAAAGAAAAGGAAGAAACAUAGAAGUGGAGAGGGGCAGUUGAGUGGCUCUAAUCUAGAUGAGUUUGGUUUGUUUAACGUUGGAUGGCGACAAUAAAACUCGUUCAUGCACGGUGAAGGAUCCAACGAAGGAAGAGGAGGUUGUUAAAAUUAACUGUAAUAAUCGGUAGCUUUUACGGUACCCUGGUGAAAUCCGGGGUACUGUAUAUUUUGAGUAUGGAAAAUGCUAUUUUGAUUUCGAAUUAGCAAGAUUUUUGGUCCGGAUGCUAUAAUCUAACUCUUAAUGUGUGAACUCUAGGUCCUAAUUAUCUAAAUCACAAACUAUAAACCCUAAGAUGGUUUAUUCAUUUUCUGGCUAUAUUUGGACGAAUCAUAACCGUCGAUUAUUGUUUCUAAUUAAAUUGAUAUUGGAGUAUAAGAUUUAGAGAAUUAAGACCUAGAUUUUGAUCUUUAAGGACUAAAGCAUAAUAUCAUGUCCAAAAUAUCAGCCAAUUCAAAAUCUAAAUAGCGUUUUCAUACUCAAAAUAUGCGGUACCCCAGAUUUCACUUUGGGUACCAUAGAACUCACCAGAAUCAUUUUGUCAGAUAAUCAAAUGUUGGCAAAAUACCCAGGUUCAUGUUGACCGUACGAAGCUUGAUGCAAAAAUCUACUUCAAAUAUGAAUAUCUCAAUUGUAAGGCACCAACAAGUUUCCAAAUAUACUUCACGGGGCCUCUUUGAUAUUGCUCGAAUUAGUGCAUCUUCUUCUCCAAACAAUGAGUGAAAGUCAUGCAGUUGUUGUCUCAGGUAGUGUUACACCCCCUCUUCUCAAAAAUCAAAAUGACUAUUAUACCCAUGGGUCAAGUUCCACCGUAUUAUCAAUGAGGAUUAAAAUGUUAACUGUUGG